UCCGCUAUUUUCGAAGACUAUAAUGAAGAAUUUAAAUGAGGAAUCUGAACUGUUCGUUCAGAACAGUUUGAUAUACCAAUUGUUGUCCUGCUGUAUACCACUUGGUGAACUUGCUAAAAAUAAGGUGAAUAUAUUUAAAUGCCAAACGUGGGAAGAAAGGGUAAAUCUUGCAAUCGAAUCGGUUAAAAAACACGCUCCACUCAAGGCGGACUAUCUAGGCAUGAUCGCCNAACCGAUCACAUUUCUAAAGGGCAAUCAGAUAUUGGAACUAGAAGGUUUAAUUAAACUGUCGACAGCAUUUGUCGAUAAAUCAGCUCAAGCAGUUUGUACGUUUGCUUACCAUGAGACGGAUGGGCAGUAUGUAAAUUCUAGAGGGUACAGAGACUUUGGUUGGAAUCCUGCUUCCACCCUGCUGAUACGAUGUUACUUACUUAUGCAGAGAUGCAUAAGGUAG